AUGCGGUGGCUCCUGGUUCCCACCAUCUUCAUCAUCCCUUAUACUCAACAGUGCUCAAAACAGCCCACUCUGUGUAAGUUUUCCCACAGCCCACCAGAGCAGCCUGGAGAUAAACCUUCAGAAACUGGUGAAGUGCAGCGCAAGGAGGUUUGCCGCUGGCCAUGCCGAUGCCCGCCGGUGCCAGCCUGCACCCCUGGGGUCAGCCUGGUGAAGGAUGGCUGUGGCUGCUGCAAGGUCUGUGCCAAGCAGGCAGGAGAGCCCUGCAAUGAAGCAGACGUCUGUGAUCCCCACAAAGGGCUCUACUGCGACUACUCGGAAGAUGAGCCUAGGUAUGAAACAGGCGUGUGUGCAUAUCUGGUAGCUGUAGGAUGUGAGCUCAAUGGAGUUUAUUACGCCAACGGGCAGACCUUUCAGCCCAACCGGCUUUAUAAGUGCCUGUGUGUCAGUGGUACAAUUGGAUGUACCCCUGUAUUCACACCAAGAGUAGCAGGAAGCCCCUGUUCCAGGGUCCCAGGCAGAAAGAAGCCAGGACAACCCAUCUGUGGCCUGGGACAGCACAAGCAACUUCAAUCAAGCAACUACAGACUGAUGUCAGCUUACAGAAGCUUACCACUAGUUUUGAAGAAGAAGUGCCUCAUACAGGCAACUCCCUGGACACCCUGUUCCAGUACCUGUGGCAUAGGCAUAUCCAGCAGAGUGACCAACGACAACAGAAAAUGUGAAAUGAAAAAAGAAAAGAGAUUAUGCUUCAUCCAGCCUUGUCUGACCAAGAUGCUGAAGAAAAUAAAGAUUCCAAAGGGAAAAACAUGUCAACCAACUUUUCAGCUUCCAACAGCAGAGAAGCUAGUUUUUUCCGGAUGCUCAACUACUCAAAGAUACAAACUAACUUUCUGUGGAGUGUGCUUGGACAAGAGGUGUUGCAUUCCUAACAAGUCCAAAAUGAUCACUGUACAGUUUGAGUGUCCCAACGAAGGCUCCUUCAGGUGGAAGAUGAUGUGGAUAACAUCGUGUGUGUGCCAGAGGAUUUGCAGUGCUCCAGGAGAUAUAUUUUCCCAACUCAAACUGCUAUGACAAAUUACACCAUUGACUGUAACACAUGGAGUGCAA